AUGGCCAAGCUUCUGUGUUUGCUAUUAUUAAAUACAGCGAUAUUUACAGUCAUGGGAGACCCACUAGUUUAUCAACACCGACAACAAGAAUCCCCUUGUUCUGUUGUGUCAUCAAUGGGUGACGUCACAGUGGACUGCACCAAUAAAGGCAUACGUCAAAUAAAUCCAACAUGGUUCCCAGAGAACGCCACACAAAUUUUCCUUAGCAACAAUCUUAUAAAAACGGUUGAAAAUUUCACGUUUGAAAAUAUUUCAUGUCUGCUGGUUUUAAGCAUAGCUUACAAUAACAUUGACACGCUUGAGGUCAACGCCUUCUGGGGACUCGAAAACCUGCAGGUUCUAAAUAUAGACAAUAACAAGAUAGACAUAACAAAUGGUCGUUCGUUUCCUGAAUUGGUUCUUCAGCCGUUGAAAAAUUUAAAAGAGCUCAAACUAAGACAAGGAUUAAAAAUUAGUACAGGUAAAUAUCCAGUGAGAUAUUUUUCCUGUCAUUCUACCUUGAACAAUCUGUCCAUUGACACAAUCAACGAUGAGGUUUAUUUUGGACUUGAAUUUUUAAACUUUACACGUUUGACCAGAUUGGAAUUUGGAGGAUCAGCGAAAUAUCUGACAAGCAAAACAUUUGAAAAUGUGCAAGCUUUAAGAGAGUUGUACAUACCUGCUUUAGAGAAUAUCGAAGGGAUUAGCCAUGACAUUUUUGUGCCUUUACGAAACCUAGAUGUUCUUCACUUGGAAAAGGUGCCUUAUGGUAUUAGAAGAACGCUAAGUCUAUUAUGGCCUUUCAGAGGUAAAAACAUGUCGUCCAUUAUUCUUUAUCAGAUACCGUAUAAUUUUUUCGCUACGGACCAAAGUCUCCUAAGACAUGACAGCUUCCUUUUCGCAAAUAUGACGGAAAAUUUAACGAACAUUUGCCUGAGGAGUUUUAAUAUUUGUGAUAACUACAUUUUCGUGAUAACUGAGGAGGCUUUAAACAGUCAAAUGUGGGACUCAUGCCUCAGAUCGUUAGAUAUUUCACAAAAUCCUAUUAAAGGCAACGAAUUGGCAUUGGUGAAAAUACUGAGGUUGAAAAACUUAAAAUUUUUCGCCAUUGGAGAUGAGCUACGCUUUACACAUUCAAGAGACUUUAAUUGGAUGGCAUAUUUUACGCCAACAGAAACAACAGAUUUAGAUAAAUUACAAGACACUUCAACUAAAAUAGUAACAAAAGAGAAAGCUUCGACUGAAAUGGGGAGCAGAGGUAUUCAGAUUUACUUUUCAAAGAGUUUAAAGAUCGUCAGAGCGGCGAGAGUUGUUUCAUCAUCUAAGUUUAAUAGAAGAUUUAACUUUGUGGGAGCGAAAAAUUUCGAACUGCUUGAUCUCUCAGAUAGUGGUUUUAAAAAUUUUAGCGAACCAUUGCAUGGACUGAUAGGGUUGCGAUAUUUAGAUUUAUCAAGCACUCACAUGUCUAUUAUGACAGAAAAUUGGUUUGAUUACUUGCCAAAACUGGAAACUUUGGUACUGUCAAACUGUCAGUUGGACGCUAAUUUUAUGGCCAAGAAAUCUGGUCGAUUGUUCUCACAAUUAAAAUCACUAGAGAGGCUGGAUCUUUCCUCCAACUCGUUAACAUUACUGGCCGAUGAUAUGUUUGCCAACAAUUCACAUUUAAAGAUGCUACGGUUAGCAGAUAACCGAUUUUGUGUCGUGCCGUUUAAUUUAAAAUACACUCCAAAUUUAACUUUUCUUGACCUUAGCAACAACGCCUUGGUCACCCUGGAUGUAGAAACACGCCAAAUGUUUGACCAAUUUGCUCAAGGCAAAGAAGGAUUUCAGCUUUACCUUGAUGGGAAUAUAUUGUCAUGUGGAUGUGAGAGUCUUUCUUUUCUCCAAUGGUUGAUGUCCACAAAUGUGACAUUCGACAAAGGUGGUAUUUUUUCUUGCAUGGACCAAAAUGGCGUCGUGACUAACACAAGCACAUACAGGAACCUGGACGUUUUAUGGAGGAAAUGUUGGGGAGAAUUUUUUCUGCACAUCUCUUUAGUCGUUUUUUGUUUAAUUAUAAUUGGACUUUUGUCUACUUUUGUGAUUAACAAAAAACUGACUUACAUUGCCCAUUAUGUAAUUCAACUUUUUGGAGGAUUUAAAUUUCAAACUGCCGCUGACUAUAAAACUGGAGUAUUUAUUGGCUAUGCAGAAAACGACUACAGAUUUGCUUGUCAUACACUACGGUCAUUUGUUGAAGAUAACUUAGGAAUGACGACAUUCAUACGUGACCGUGACAUUUUAGUUGGACCUCACAUGUUUAGUCAAAUUGUGGAGGCCAUCAACUCGAGCUGGCGAAUCGUGCUCGUCUUCAACCAAACUUUUCUGCUGAACGAUGAUUGGAUGAUGCUCGCGUUCAGAUAUGCCAUCUACGCGCAGACGCCUGCCAACCCGAACCGAGUGAUCGUUCUUGUUGACGAGAAGCACCCGUACAAUCUUCCCACGGAGCUGUUGAAUGCUGUUGUAGAGGACAACAUUGUCGUCGUCCGCCACUGGGUGAUGACGUAUGAGCUGAGAGAGAAACUCAGGACAUUGCUCUGUCCAAUAAGUUAA